UCGCAUCGACGUGCUUUGACACUCUCUUCGGCAUGAAAGUUGCGCUCGACUUGUUUCCACGUUGUCCACUACCAGAAUCGGGGGAGCUGUCCUGAGCCGAUCGACGUCGCAUACACCGUUCAUGCCCCUGCUCACCGCUGGGCGUCACCUGCGCGCACUCAACUUUGCGAGAUUCAAAAAAGCACCACUAGCAUUGCAGCCGUCGUACAACGCAAGGCUGAGAGCGCACUCUAAUCUUCCCCAUCUUUUCACCGCGCAUAACACAAGACCAUUGCCAAGCAUGAGUGGCAGUGAUGACUCGAGCAAGCCUAGUUCCACUGUUGGCAGACUGGCAGCGAUCGGUCGACAGCUGCUACCCAGCUCUGCGCUGUCCACCUCUAGCUCGUCCAAAAGUAGCGACGGCGACAAGUCGGCGGCCAGUCCAGUAGAGCGACGAGGUACGCUCAGGCUAGGCUCCAGUGUCGAGCUGCCAGUGUUCGCACCUCACGAUGAGACCAGACUGCCAGACCCACGUCUGCUGUUGGACUUACACGACCCCGUCGUCAGGGAUCAUCUCGAGUGGCUGGGAAGAAAGUACAGCCUCAAGCAAGACGCCUUCCUCAUCUCUCCGCCUGGUCCCUUUGCACGGCGACUGGCACUCACCUUCGCCGCGCUGCUCCAACUACCAGUGGAGCACGUGUCGCUGCACCGGGACGUGGGCGAGUCGGAACUGAUCCAGACUCGCAACUUGGCUGGAGGGACCACACUGACGUACCAAGAUGGACCUGUGGUGAGGGCCAUGAAGAGAGGCAGCAUCCUCAUACUGGAAGGAGUGGAGCGCGCUGAGCGUGCCAGCAUGCCGCUGCUCAACAAUCUCAUCGAGAACCGCGAGAUGGGACUGGCUGACGGCACUCACUUGGUGCCGAGGAGCACCCUGGAAAAGGCCAAAGCGGCUGGUGAAAAUCAGACAUUCAUCCCAGUUAGCGACGCGUUCUUCGUCAUCGCCAUCGGUCUGCCGGUCCCGCCUUACAAGGGUUUGCCAUUGGAUCCACCUUUCCGAUCGCGCUUCCAAGGUCGAUGGGUCGAGGGGGUCGUCCCUUCCACACUGUCCAAUGUCCUUUCGCCCGACAAGCAAGCCAAGGAGUUGAGCGAUGCGCUCACCCAGCGCUUCUUCGAGUGGGCUUCCCUUGUGCGACUGCACGGCACUGCCGCCACUGCUGACGAGGUGCUGCCACCAGCAGAGCGCCUGCCUAACGUCCCAGCUACCGCUCUGAGCCUCUUGUCGGAUCUCGCAGCGCGCUUCCCGCCAGCAGUACCCCUCCCACCGCUGCCCUCUUUCGAUGAGACGGACGACGGCACUCGGCCCUCAGCACCAAAUUUGCCCACGGCUCCUCCUCGCAAUGGCGCUCUCCAGGUGCACGAGUCAACCAGAGCGCGGGUCGAAGCUCGCGAGAACGAGCAGCUGAAGCAGUAUGCUGAAGAUCAAGCCAAGAACAAGAAAGGAGACGGCUCCAUAGCCCCCAGCACGAGGGCGCUGCUAGGCGCAGGCUACCCCAUGCUCCACACACUCGACCCAACGAGGCGAGAGCUCGCCGCUGAUCUGCUCGCCGCUGUAUCAUUGCACGCUGGUGUCGGUGUUGGAGGCGCAGAAGUGGAGGAAGGCAAGGGUUUGCUGGGGUACCGCGUGACUGGCAUCGUGCGGGCAGCAGACGACGCAGCGGAUGUCACGUUCGAGCAGGAGCAAGGCCGCAAGGUGACUGUACGCGUCCCCGCUGGUCCUCUGCAACUUGCACCGCUACCCUCAGUGAGCAAUGAUAAAGCCGCUCCCAAUGGACUACUUUUCACCCCACGUCUAGCGGGCGUCAUCACGAGCAUGCUUCAGCUGCACGCCGUCGGUCGAGACGUCAUCCUUCUGCCUUCUGCGCUGGCUGCGGACAAAAUCAAGGGAGAGGUGUCUCCUUCGUCAUCAUCGAGCACGUCCACUUCUAUCGGUCUCUUUGCAUCAUUGCUCGGCUAUCCGCAUGAAGGCGUUCAUCUGUAUAAGGAUCUGGGAGGAGGAGAGCUCAUCGCUCGUCGAGCGACCACCAAGGACGGCAGCACUACCUGGGAAGCCGCGCCUCUGCUCCGCGGUGCGCUCUCUGGAACGCUAGUCCAUCUGUCCGGCAUCGACGUCCUGGGCCCCACCCUUGGCGCCUUGGCUCGUCUCACCCAAGACCGAGAAGCCGAGCUCUGGAAUGGCGGUCGUGCAGCGUUACCAGGCGCUCUGACGUCCGUCGAAGGCACCGACAUCGCAGAGAAGCGCCUCACCACGAUCAACCCCUCUUUCCGCGUUAUUGGCACAGCAUCAUCCUCCAAGCCGGAAUGGCUCAACGAAGAAGCCUCCGCUCUCUUCUCUUUCGUCGCGCCUGCCCCGAUGUCUGCAGAAGAGGAGCUGAGCGUCAUCGUCUCUCGCUCUGGAGCCAUGCCGGCGCAACUUGAGCCUCUGCUAGCCUUCACGGCUCGGUACCGUGCUCUGGCAGCCGAUCCUGGGCUGGGCUUGCAGGCCUCUCGCCGACUUGGAACCAGAGCUCUGAUCCGCAUCGCCACUCGCAUCGCCCAGUACCCCUGGACGGACCUGUAUGCCACUUUGGCACGCACGCUACUCAUCGAAUUCCUGCCACGCACCACCGCAGCUCUGGUCCAAAGCGCUCUGUCUCAGACGGAGUUGAGACCCCGUGGAUCUGAAGGUGCUUUCCAAUAUGUUGCUCCAGAGCACUUGUCCGCGCCAGAGAUUAAAAAGGGGGUGCUGUCUUUCCGCAAUAUCAAUGCUCCUGGAGCUCAAGACAACCCGCAAGCUGGCGUGGUAAAUAUCCCACUGUAUGAUGCAGCGAGCAAAGAUCCAGCAGGGCUUUCACUUGUGCCUACCAUGGAGCACUUCUACGACAACCCAGCUCAGUCCGCUCUAUUGCGCGACAUUGGCAUUGACUUGCUCGGGAACGACGUGCUGCUGAUGGGCAAUCAAGGAACAGGAAAGAACAAGCUGAUCGACAGGCUCGCCAUGCUCAUCGGCCGACCAAGAGAGUAUGUACAGCUGCACCGAGAUAGCUCGGUUUCGAGCAUUUUGCAACAGGUGCAGCUUGUGGAUGGUCAGUUGACUUUCUUGGAGAGUCCGCUAGUCAGAGCCAUUCGCACGGGACGACUUUGCGUGAUCGAUGAAGCAGACAAAUGCCCAGCUUCGGUCACUGCGAUUUUCAGAUCUCUGGCCGAGCGUCGUGAGCUUACUCUACCAGACGGAAGGCGCGUACGACCUCAAGGCUCGCUUGGCAGCGACGAAGAUGUCGUUGCACACCCAGACUUCCGUCUUGUGCUGCUUGCCAACCGACCUGGGCAUGGCUUCCAAGGCUCUGACUUCCUCAGCGUCAUCGGGGAAGGCUUUGCGAUGUUCCAAAUUUCCAACCCAUCGCACGAAUCCGAGGUUGCUCUUCUGCAGCAAGUUGGACCUCACGUGGACCCUAAACUGAUCAAACAGCUAGACCUGGCCUGGUGCGAUCUGCGUGAUCACUUUGAUCAAGGUAGCUUGCAUUACCCUCUGUCGAUGCGAGAACUCAUCCACAUCGUCCGCCACCUUGAGCGAUACCCGGGCGAGCAACUGGUCGACGUGCUGCUCAACACGCUCUCAUUCGACCUUCAAAGACCUGAAGUCAUGGAGCUAGUCGCUCGAACACUUGCUAAGCGUGGGCUCAAUGUCAAGGGCCUCAGUCUGGCCGCUAUUCGCCAGAAAGAAGAGGAAAAGCAGAAAGUGGACGCGGGCCGCGUGGAAUUUGACCCUGAAUCUGCUGGCCGUGACACGAACCUCGACAAGCCAAAGGAGGGAAAGACUGAUCCUGACAACAAGGAGCACUCCGGCGGAAACACUUGGCGAGGAGGUACGGGUGGUCGCGACACUGCUGGCUUGGGUGGACGAGGCGGCUACGAACGCCUUUACUCUGGCCAUGAGAUCAAGCAGAUUCCCGAUUCACUCAAGCGGGACGUGCCCGAGCACAUAAAGGAGCAAGCCAGACAAAUGGCAAAGGAGGCCCUGGCAAAGAAGCUUGCAGAGGAGGGGAUGACCGCUCAUGAAGGUGCAACGCUGCAAGCGUACAAGCUAGAACUCGCCCAGCACAUCAACAACCUCGUGCUCACGCUAAAUCAAGUACAGACAGCUGCUAAAGAGAGACAGUGGCUGAAGCGCCAAGAGGAAGGUCAGCUCGACGAGUCCCGUUUGACUGAUGCUUUGACGGGCGACAAAGGAGUGAUGAAGCGAAGAGCCGAACAACCCCCCGACCCCUUUGCGCCGCAGACCAAGCCAAAGCGUAUCCGCAUCCUAGUCGACGUUAGCGCAAGCAUGUACUCCAUGCAGUACGACGGCAGACUGGAUCGCGAGCUCAAGACUGUGCUCAUGGUCAUGGAAGCUUUUGCUAGGACCGAACCGGGCAAGUAUGUCUAUGACAUCUGGGGCCACUCGGGUGAAUCGGACCACAUCCCCCUCGUCAUGGCCGACAAGCCUCCUGCCUCCGCUGGAGAUCGCUGGCGCGUGCUUCGCGACAUGACUAGUAUUACUCAGUACACCAUGAGCGGCGAUUCUACCCUUGAAAGCAUCCGCUGGGGCUGCCGAGAGUUAACCAAAGAAGAAGCGGACGACUACUUUGUCAUUGCACUUUCCGACGCCAAUUUGGGCAGGUACGGCAUCACCACGGAUAUGCUCGCCAAAGCACUCAGAAGCAACGAAAAGGUCAAGGGGAGCGUCAUCUUUUUAGACGGCCGAUCAUCGGAAGGCAAGCAGACAGCAGCACAGCUGCCCGGAUUGGCCUACUCGGUCAUCGAUCUUCGUCAGCUGCCUCAGACUUUUGGAAGCUUGUUGGAAGCUGCUCUGCACCAGUAGUGUCCAUCCUUGGUAUCUCACCGAGCUGCACUCUGUUCACAUUUGCCUUGCCACGCGAUUCUGUUACUAUGCUCCAUUAUUCACCAGAUAGAUUCAAUGAAGCUUUGUGUGUUCUUCAUCAAUCAGGUAUCGAGCAUGAUGGGAGUCGUGCGGAAGGAAACAGUACUGUGUCCGACAAGAAUUCCGUAUAGAGACUGGCAGAAGCGCCAAAAGCUACAAUGUAUGGGCAUAGAGCGGG